AUGGCCUCCUCCCUGAACAGGGAAGCUUCUUUAAAGUCUUGCCACCUCCCUGUGGGCCCCAAACCCUCAGGAGCCAUGCUGCUGUUGCUGACCUUGGCUGUCCUUGCUGGUGCCACCUGCAGAGCCCAGGAUAUACUGGGCAAUACAAUCGGCAGCUAUUUCUACAUUCAUGGUGAAGAGCAGGGGGAAAUCAAGGCCAUCCGGAUCUUCUAUACAUUGUCCAGACAUCUCAAGGGCAUCCAGCUGCAGUUUCAAAAUAACUGGAGUGAUAUCUAUGGAGUCCGUUCAAGACGUUUUGAAGACUUUCUUCUGAAUGAUGACGAGCAUGUAAUAAAGGUUCUUGGCUCUGUGGGAUUGUGCCUGAACUCCCUGACCUUCAUUACCAACAAGGGGACUGAGUUUUCCUUUGGGAAAAAAAAAGGUCGUCCAAUUGUAGAGAGUGGAGGUCCAGACCAGCAUCUACAGACUGUCAAUGGGAUGUACUCACAGGUCUGCCUCCAAGGGAUAGGCUUCAAAUGGACCCAUAACACAGUGAUGCGUCCAAGAGAACCAGUGCUUAUCUCUAACACUGACAAAGUGAAGGAAGGUAGCAAAGACAAAUACAAAGUUGAAGACGAUGAUGAUGAUGAUGAUGAUGAUGAUGAUGAGGAUGAUCAUAAUAUUGAUGAGGAGUAG